AUGAGACUUUUGGACCUUCCUCCCGAGAUAAUCGACUACAUUAUCGAUUUCGCGGGGCCUGCUGGCCUCGAAGGAUUCGUUCUGUCCUGCAAGGCCGUCUAUGAACGCGCAAAGACUCAAAUCCAGGUCCACAAUACCUUAAGGCGUCGAUGGAGGCAUACAAACAACCAGAGCAUGAUGCGUCGCGGCGAUACGCUGAAUGUACUGUAUGAGAUCUCGCAGAAUCCUAUCAUAGCUGAGUACGUUGAGACGUUAAGCUUGUGGGACCGUCGGCCAGACGAAGAAAUCGGAAGCCAGGGUGCCACAAACAGCUUUCGAAAUAACAAGGAGUCCGUGCAACAAAUCAAGAGCCUCUUGCGCAAUGCAGAGUACUUUCAGAAUGCAGAUUUGGAUGAGUGGUGGACGCAGAUCAUAGAGGAAGACCAGACCACCGAUUUGGAAAGCGUUGACAAGCUGUACGCCACCGUUGCGCUUCUUGCCCUACUUCCAAACCUCAAGACCUUGCAGUUGCCAGACAGAUGGCACGAGGUUCGUGAUGAAGAAGCUGCUGCAGCGCUCGUGCCAUCCGUGGAGUCAUUGGUCUCAAUGUCUAACGACAGCACGCCCAAGCGCAGGAGGCAGGCCCUGCAAUCUCUCGAAACCUUGAUGCCUUUCACAGAAGAAGGCUACGAUGUUCGUGUCGGUCUACAGUGUCUGCAGCCAUUCAUGGUACUCAACAGCAUCCGGAACCUGUACGCCGUGAGCUGCGUCGCGGUCGAUGAUGACUGGGGCGGGAUUCCGUUUCAUUGGCGCUAUGCAAGCAAGUCACCUUUGACGCGACUAGAACUUGCCAGUUGCUGUAUGGAUGCGCAGGGUCUGGACGCCUUAUUGUCACAAACACCCGCCGUUACGGUCUUCAAAUACUCUCAUCAGACGAAGUGGGACGGCCUCGGUUACGACUGGAACCCUGGAGAAUUCCUGCAGGCGCUGGCAGACCGUCUUGGUAGACAGAUUGUCGACAUGGCGAUAACAGUGGAUGAGCUACAUGGAGAAAUUGUGAACGGGCUGUCUUCCUUCCACUGUUUCCCGAACCUACGCAAGCUGGAAGUAGACGUGAUUCCUUUCUGUGGCCCACCUCUCGAGAGCGGGCAGCGCCUUGGUCGCGACGCUUUCAUACCUGACGGCGCGACAGCUUGGACGCACAGCGAUAUUCCAUGCCUGGGAGACAUGCUUCCGGAGAGCAUUCGCGAAGUGCAUCUCAACACCGAUUUUCCACUACCGUCAGAACAGUCGUUGAAGGCCUUGGUCAAGAACAUUGUAGACCGUCGCACAAACAGAUUACGUCACCUUGAGAUCUGCAUCGUACGACAAUACCAGAACAACACCGCGCAGGAUAUCGCAGACCGCCACGAAGUCAUCUUGGAAACAUUCGACAUGAACGCAGCGAACCCUAGAGCAAGGGCGAUGAUGCCAGUUUGGAAACGAGAGUUCGAUCAGAGGGUCGGUGGCAUUGUGACAGCACGCUCGGCCUAG